AUCUCCUCAAAAUACAAGCAUGGAGAUCCCCUGGCUAGGAGUAGGAGUGCUGGUCUGUGUGUGUCUGAUGUCUACCUCGGCCACAGAGUUCACCAACAUGUGGAUCGCCGAGGUCGAUGGUGGAGAGCAGGUGGCACAGAGAGUGGCGCGAGACCUAGGCUACACGUACGGUGGCAAGGCUGAUGCGUUUGAAGACCAUUACGUGUUUACAAGAGAUGACCAUCCUGAGGUCUCCAAGAGGGGAAGUCACCAUCUCACUCGCAGCUUGACAGAUUUAGAAGAGGUGAAAUGGGCAGAGCAGCAGUCCAUAGUGAAGCGAACCAAGAGAGGCGUUGUACCUGACCCCGAGCCCCCUACGACAAAAGCUGCCCGUGGAGAAUACGACGCCCUUAUGUCCCUCUUUUCUGCGUUUAAGAAACCGGGCUCCUUUUCCUCCACAUCAUUUAAGCCAGGCUUACUCGCAUCAUCGUCAUUUAAGCCAGGCUCACUGUCAUCUUCGUCAUUUAAGCCGGGAUCUUACGGCUCGAGUUAUGGAUCUUAUGGAACAUACGGCGGCUAUGGCUCAAGUCCAAGUGGCAGUUCAAAGUUGGGUUCAUUUGACACAACACCAGUGGAUGCUACAAACCUCAAAACCUACCAAGGAGCCACUGAACACAUCGGUUGUCACAGUAGCAAGCCCAGCGCCUACGCCGAUGAGUUCAACGAUCCCCUCUGGACCAAGCAGUGGUAUGCGCAAGACUACCGUACUAAGGAUGUUCCCGUGAUGGACCUAAACCUGGUGCCAGUGUACCGCAUGGGCAUCACAGGCAAGUCUGUCAAAGUGGCUGUGGUAGACGACGGAGUACAGCACGGCCAUCCUGAUCUACAAAGUAACUUCUUGGCUAACCUGAGUUACGACAUGACCAACAACAGAGCUGGCUCCAAUCCGGACCCGUCCAAUGGUCAUCCCAACUCCCACGGGACAAUGUGUGCAGGCGAGAUUGCGAUGGUAGCCAAUAACAACAAGUGUGGUGUAGGAGUCGCUUACGACGCUAAAGUUGCAGGAGUAAAGGUACUGGGUCAUCGGUCUGUAGACUACGUGGAAGCUCGAGGUCUGAUACACAUGUUGAAAGAGUUUGACAUCUACUCCAACUCUUGGGGACCAGCAGACGACGGACAGAUCAUGGAGCAGGUCGGCCGUAUGACAGAUCAGGCUUUUGACAAGGGAGCCUCAGAGGGUAGGAAAGGCAAAGGGGCUAUCUACGUUUUCGCAGGAGGGAACGGCAAGCACCAGGGAGAUAACUGUGGUGCUGAUGGACUCGUCAACAAUGCACACACGAUCGGAAUCAGCAGCGUGUCACAGAAUGGCAAGACUGUGUACUACAGCGAGCGGUGCACAGCUAUCUAUGCCGGUGCAUACUCCGGGGGCAACAGCAAUGAUGAGAAAGUGGCCACCAUAGACCUGAAUGGUGGAUGCACCACUUCCUUUGGUGGAACAUCUGCGGCGGCCCCCAUCGCCUCAGGCAUUAUUGCUCUUGUUUUGGAAGCCAACCCAAAGCUGACAGUUCGAGACAUCUACCACAUAAUAUCGAUGGGAGCCGAGGUAGCACCGGUAGCAGAUAAUGGAGACAUUUGGUACAAGAAUGGCCGAGGCUUCUGGGUCAGCAACGACUUUGGGUUCGGCCUCCUCAAUGCAGAGAACAUGGUCAAACUGGCCAAGAGCUGGACAAACGUACCUAAGAAGAAAACUUGUGUUGUCAAACUCAAUCCUGAAUCGCCCAUAUAUUUCACAGUGGGAGAAGUGGCUGAUCUUGAGUUUGACGUGGAUGGUUGUCUAGACAAAGAAGAAGACAAUGUCAAGUUCUUGGAGCAGUUAGAGGUUACAACUACUGUCCAGUAUCCCUACAGAGGAGCCAUAACAAUAACCAUCACUUCUCCUUCAGGAACGAAGACUACUCUUUUGGAGCCUCGGCCAAAGGACAGUAGCAAAGAUGGACUACAAAACUGGAGCAUCAAGUCUGUACAUAACUGGGGAGAAGACCCUAAGGGAGUGUGGGAGAUAGAGGUCAAGGCUACAAGAAUACAAAACGUGAGACCCUACAACGGCUACAUCAAGGGUUUUAUACUCACUCUCCAUGGGACAUCUGAAGAGCCAGCACACUUUAAAGACCUGCCUAGGAAAUACGCAGCUUUCCGUCUUCCAAAUGGGAAAACCAGCGAGGUAUAGUUUGUGAAAUAAAUAUUACUGCAUGCAAUA